AUGUAUGGGAUAUUUCAGAAUGCAGUGACCUAUGAUGACGUACAUGUCAACUUCACUUGGGAAGAGUGGAUUUUGCUGGAUCCUUCCCAGAAGAAUCUCUACAAAGAUGUGAUGCUGGAGACCUACAGGAACCUCAGUAUUAUAGGGUACAGUUCAGAAGACCAUAAUAUUGAAGAACAUUGUCAAAAUUCUAGAAGACAUGAAUGUCAUCUUCAAAUGCAUGAGAGAAAGCAUACUGCAGAAAAACCCUAUGAAUGUAAUCACUGUGGUAAAGCCUUUGCAUAUCAUAGUCAUUUUCAAAUGCAUGAAAGAACACAUACUGGAGAGAAACCUUAUGAAUGUAACCAGUGUGGUAAAGCUUUUGCACAGUACAGUCAUCUUCAAAAGCAUAAAAGAACACAUACUGGAGAGAAACCCUAUGAGUGUAACCAGUGUGGUAAAGCCUUUGCACAGCACAGUCAUCUUCAGAAGCAUGCAAGAACACAUACUGGAGAUAAACCCUAUGAAUGCAAUCAUUGUGGUAAAGCCUAUGCACAUCACAAUACUCUUCAAAUUCAUGAAAGAACACAUACUGGAAAGAAACCCUAUGAAUGUAAUCAAUGUGGUAAAGCCUUUACACAACACAGUCAUCUUCAAAUGCAUAAAAGAACACAUACUGGAGAGAAACCGCAUGAAUGUAACCAGUGUGGUAAAGCAUUUGCACAGCACAGUCAUCUUCAAAGGCAUGAAAGAACCCAUACUGGAGAGAAACCCUAUGAAUGUAACCAGUGUGGUAAAGCCUAUGCACAGCACAGUCAUCUUCAAAUGCAUAAAAGAACACAUACUGGAGAGAAACCCUAUGAAUGUAUUCAGUGUGGUAAAGUCUAUGCACACCACAGUUCUCUUCAAGUUCAUGAAAGAACACAUACUGGAGAGAAACCCUAUGAAUGUUAUCAUUGUGGUAAAGCCUUUACACAACACAGUCAUCUUCAAAAGCAUAAAAGAACACAUACUGGAGAGAAACCCUAUGAAUGUAAGCAAUGUUGUUAAGCCCUUGAAUGUGUCAGUAAUCUUCAAAAUCAUGAGAAAAAAAUAUACUGUAGUGGAACUCUAUAAAUGUAGUCAUUGUGGUAAAGUUUUCACUUUACAUAGGAGUAAAACUUUUAUGUUCAAUCACUCUUUUAAAGUCUUUGCAUAUUAUAGUAGUCUUUGAGUACCUGAUAAUUAUAUUGAGGACUUUAUUGAAAUGUUUUUGACAAGAUCCUAACCAACACACUUACAAUCAGUUGCAGAACAGUACUGAUUCUGUAGAAAUAAAUUGACAGUGUCAACAAUCUGUUCAAGCAUCAUGAUGUCUGUUUUUGUGUUGUUUGCACUAGGUAACUCAUGGAAAUAAUGAAUUUGAAGCCCUAUGUGUAGGGUAAAAGUUCCAGCCAAAAAAACCACACCCUGAAACUAGAGCCAGUGAAACAUACUUUGUCCCUGAAUCCAGAGCCAGUGAAAAAAACACCCUGGCCAUGGAACCCGAGCCAAAAUUUUGAGAAGGGCCAAGUGAAAGAAACACAUUUUGGCCCUAAAAUCAGGGCCAAAGAAACACUUUGACCAACUGAGCAUAAAACCAAUCAAUCCUUGAGUAUAAAAUCCAGCCAAUCUCUGAGCUUCUUCAAGCUCAGGGAUUGAAAUCAAACCAAUUCUCACCCGAUAAAUCUUCUCCCUGAAUGAAU